AACCAAGAGCUUGGGAGUUUCAGUUCAAUUCAGGGAUUCAGACUGUUGCUGUCAUUGGUGUUAGAGAAGGCUUAGUGCAACUUGGUUCAUUUAACAAGAUUGCUGAAGAUCUGAACAUAGUGAUGAGCAUACAAAGAAAAUUCAGCUACCUUCAAAGCAUACCAGGUGUGUUUGCAAUUCAAAGACCAUCAUACUUACCUAUCCAACAACAAAAUCCAUACCUUGCAAAAUCCAAUUUCCAAAUCAUGGACUCCAAUAAUGACAUGCCUCUCUCAAACUACAACAUGGUGAUCAACCAAAUUGGAUCAAUUAAUAAUAAUAAUAGUAGUAGCAGAAUACUUGAAGAAAAAUCAAACUAUUUUUCCAUGGUAGCAAUCAACAUGAUGGGAAGUAAUAAUAAUAAUAGUAAUAAUACUCUGCAGAUAUUUUCAGAUAAAGUUUUCAGAUAUUAUUAGAUCAUGUGGGUGGUCACAAGUCACCAGUCAAGUCACAACCAACCAAUAAAACAAUCGCAUCCAUAGCAGCUAAAACAAAAUUCAAAUUAAAAGAAAAAUACAUUAAUAAAUAAG